AAAGAAUUAAAGAAAAAGGAAAAGGCGCUAAAUCUCGAUUAAACCCAAAAUUACUCUUUCAGAUCGCGAGGAGAAGCUUUGUUCAAAUAUGGCGAAUCAAGGCAUUGAUACUUCAUCUGCAAGAAAAGGCUCAAUCACUCAUGUAAUCUUUGACAUGGAUGGACUUCUUCUAGACACCGAGAAAUUCUAUACGGAGGUCCAGGAGAUUAUACUUGCUAGGUAUAAUAAGACUUUUGAUUGGUCACUCAAGGCAAAGAUGAUGGGGAAGAAGGCAAUAGAGGCUGCCAGGGUCUUUGUUGAAGAGACAGGAAUAAGCGAUUCACUUACAGCCGAAGAUUUUCUUGUAGAGAGAGAGGAGAUGUUGCAGAAAAUGUUCCCCACAAGCGACCUCAUGCCAGGGGCCAGCCGCUUGAUUCAUCACCUUCAUGAAAAUGGGAUACCAAUUUGUGUUGCUACGGGUACUCACACACGGCACUUUGAUUUGAAAACUCAAAGACACAGUGAACUUUUUUCACUAAUGCAUCAUAUCGUUCGUGGCGAUGAUCCAGAAGUUAAACAAGGGAAGCCAUCACCUGAUAUAUUCCUUGCAGCUGCGAACAGAUUUGAGGGUGGAACAGUAGAUCCACAGAGGAUUCUUGUAUUUGAAGAUGCACCCUCUGGUGUCCUCGCAGCCAAGAAUGCUGGAAUGUCAGUGGUUAUGGUUCCAGAUGCAAGGUUGGAUAGUCAGUAUCACCAAGUCGCUGAUCAGGUUUUGAAUUCUUUACUUGAUUUCAGCCCAGCCGAUUGGGGAUUGCCUCCAUUUGAAAAUGCAUCAACUAAACUCGAUUAGUUUAGUUUGAUCAUGAUCCUAAAGUUCCCAAACGGAGCCUAUUAUGAAUUGAAAUUUCAGAUUUUGGGGCUUUGCCUCUAGUUGUUAUUCAUAGAAUUUCAGCUUCAAUUAUUUACUUUAGAUACUAAAGGUCUCUUAAUGUUGAAAUGAAGAAACUAUGAAUUUGUUGUAUUGCAACUCAUGUAUGCCCGCAUGAUAUUUCUUUUGAUAUGGUAAACUCCAUUCUCCCAAGUGGCCCUUUUUACCUA